AUGAGUAGCCAAGGAAGAGAACCGCAAGUAAGGGUUGCCGAGGAUCCAAGAGUAGAUGGGAUUUUAAGGGCUCUCGAGGAAGCUGAAAUUCUAGGAGGUAGGCUAGCCCAAGAAAGAGAUGCCAUUAUUGCCGCUGCUGUUGAGGCUACCGUUGCUAUUGCCAAUGGGGCCAAUGGGAACAACGGAAAUAAUGGGAAUCAGGAAAAUCAGGAGAAUCUAGUUCCAGGACCGGCAGAUGUGAUCAGGCCGAUGUCUAAAUUGGUAGAGCAGUUCUUGAAAUUGAAACCGCCAAAGUUCAACGGGAAAGGUGACCCCGAAGCUGCACCACGUUGGGUGGAGGAUUUGGAGAAAGCUUUCGAUAUGCUGGGGUGCACCGAUACUGAAAUGGUGACUUUAGCGGAGUAUCGGCUGCAGGAGAACGCAAAUGACUGGUGGAAGGCCACCAAGAAUAGAGUGUUUCCGGAAGGUACCGCCCAGACUUGGGUCGCAUUUACUGAGAAUUUCUACGGAAAGUAUUUCUCCGAGAGUGCCAUGGAGAGAAAGUUAGCGAAGUUCAUGAGACUUCGCCAAGGAUCGAUGACGGUAGGUCAAUACGAGGCAGAAUUUGUGAGGCUAUCAAGCUUCGCACCCAGGAUGGUUAAGGACCCACAGGAUAAGGUUAGGAGAUUCCAGGAUGGGCUGAAACCGGAUCUGCGAAGUCAGAUGAUAUCACUGAACAUCAAGGACUACAGUGAGAUGUAUGAGCGGGCGCAGGCUAUUGAGCGGGAUCAAGUGGAUAAGGCAGCCGCUUCUAGGUCGCGGUUCGCCCAGAGCAGGGACAACCGCCGUCUCGGGAAGAAGCCGAUGGCGGGAAAUCGGCGAUUUGUCCCACCGAUAAGGAAGAAUAUCGGAAAGCCUAACCAUCAGCAGAACAGGUUUGGGGCCUGCUUCAAAUGCGAGAGUAUGGACCAUCAGAUCAGAAAUUGCCCCUAG